AUGAUUUGGGAACAUCUUCGGCCUCGAGCAAGAGACACUUCUGGAUCAGAGAGCGUAAUCCAAGGGGAUGGCCUUGCAAUCCUAAGAGCUUGUCAACAAUUGAAUGAAGAGAUAGCGAUUCCUCUAUACGAGAAAGAAACUCUUCAAAUCCGUGUCGAGUCCGACAGAACAAAAUGGCUGGCCAUCGAAAGCAGCCUCGGCGCAAGCUGGACCAUUCCAAACAUACAGCAUCCUCUGUGCGAAUCUUUCAAGAACCUGCCGUACGGAGAAUUGCAAGGUAUCCAGAUCUGGAUCGAUGCUCCCGAAAACAUAACUCAACUCUUUUGUAUCUCAAGAAAUGUCCGCCACCUUGUCAAUCUGCUAGACCAAGCUGGCAAGCUCCCUGCAGUUUCAAUUCACCUCUCAAAUACUUCCAACAAAACAUGGGCAGAACAAGACGGAACAGCCCAGAGAAGCCUACCUGGUAGAUAUGCAAAGCCUGACUACUUUGUGGCUCUUCUACCUUUUUGUCGACUGCGGAACAUUUCUCAAGCCAGUCUGCAUGUGCCAAACGGCUUCAUCGAGGAAGGAAAUGUCGAUUUGCAACUCAUGGAGCAAGUCAUGGGGCGAAACAUGCCUUUUGGAUCCUUCACCGGAGAUGAUGAGCAAAUCUGGUACGACAAUGAGAUGCAAACAGACUUAGAUGACAUAUACAUGCAUCUUGAGAGAGAGCUGGAUACGAUGACUGGACUGGACCCAAACAUGUUGAGACUGGAGCGCUUCAUGUCUUGGUACGACGAUAACGGCGAAUCCGAGUAUGUUCGAGAGUUUCAGCGGAUGCUUAGCGACCAAAGGCUAGUGUAUACGCUGGACAUUGAACAACGACACGCGUAUCUGUUAACAUUCAACCCGCUGUCAGCCAACAUGCAGAGAAUGCGCCUUCAGUUGGAUCUGGCAUCACGUUUCCGAAAAGUCGGAUUCCCACUCGAGCGUCGAUGGGACAUGCAGAAGUACAUCGAGUAUAGGCGCUAUGUCGAAAAAACUAGUCGUCACGCAGGAGACAUCGACCUCGCGAAAAUGGUAGAUGAAGAAGUAAUGGCUCAGAUGAAGUCAGGCUGGAGUAAAGAGGCAUGGCGAGACUACUACUCUGAAGGAAUUCCACCUUUGGAUGACGAUUCCCAGGAUAUCGAGGAAUUCUAUUUGCAAAUGGGUGACGUCGAUGCGUUAUCAUAUGGCUUGAGCGCUGAAGAAAAGCCACAGGACUUUGCGAGGAUACAUGCGCGGGAGCAAGAACAGUCGAUAGACUUUGGUGCGGGAGAGGAAAAGAGAAUGGCCCUCGAAAGCUUGCUUAGGGUGCCUGUGGAUAGCGAUCUAAGAAGGUCUAUAGAUGGAGAAGUGUUACAGCAAUCUGGGUUGCUUGUUGAGGGUUGGGACACUGGCCUUCAGAUGAUGAGCUCCCUAGGCUUAUGA